AUUACCACUUAUAAUGAAAUUGAUGAACAAGAUAACGAGCGAGCAAUGGGUGGAUUGCAAGAUAGAGUCAGUUUGUUGAAAAGAAUCUCAAGUGAUAUACACGAGGAGGUGGAUAGUCAUAACCGGAUGCUGGACCGCAUGGGGAAUGACAUGGAUUCUUCAAGAGGAGUUCUUUCAGGAACUAUGGACAAAUUCAAAAUGGUCUUUGAGAAAAAAUCCAGCCGAAGAACGUUUUCACUUAUAGCAUCCUUUGUUGUGCUUUUUCUUAUAACAUACUUUUUUAUGUUGUAAUUCAGGCCCAUGAAUUCCUUUCCAAUUGGGGUGAUCUCAGCCAGACCCAAAUUUUUGCUAAGAUUGAAAUGUUGAGGGCCUGACCCAUUUUGAUGAGAUUCUACGAGAAGCUGAUGGUAUUAUCCAAUCUCGUGGUAAUUUGGGCAUUGAUCUUCCACCAGAGAAGGUUAGUUUUGCCUUUGAAAUUCAUUUUGUUGUUUGAAUGACUCAUGUUGUGGGUGUAAAUAGCUAUGUUUGUGGUCAUGUGGAUAAUGCAUUUGAUAUUCGAAU